CUCUCCGCCAUGGAUCGUCAGAGGCAGAUUUGGCAAUGGCUGCUUCUCAAGUUGUGUUUGGUCAGUUUGUUGAAAGAGGACAACAACCAGACCAAGGGCGAAAGAGGCACGCAUCAACAUCAACCAAUCGAUGACAAGCUCGAAAGAGAGGCUGACAAUCUACCCACCAUGGUUGACAUCAAGAAAGUGAUUCCCAGACACUGUUUCGAACCCAAAGUCUCCACCUCUAUGUCUUACGUGGCCUUGGACGCCACAGCUAUCGUGGUGCUGUACGUAGUUUUUGAGUGGGUCAGGAGUUCUUUCCCUUGGUACACCGUCUGCCUGAUCGCCCCAUUAUUCUGGCUCCUCCAAGGCACCCUUUUCACGGCCAUCUUCGUCCUCGGACAUGAUUGCGGUCAUGGGUCCUUUUCCAAGAGUGACGUGUUAAAUGACGUCAUGGGGACAAUUCUUCACACCUUCUUAAUGGUCCCGUACUACUGUUGGAAGAUAUCUCACCGUAAUCACCACAAACACACCGGCAACAUUGACAAGGACGAAGUAUUUUAUCCAACGAGAAAAAAGGAUAGCCCGGUGACGAGAACUUUGCUGCCUGGCUUCGGCUUGGGUAUCGGAUGGUAUGCCUAUUUAGCGAUGGGAUACGGCUCAAGGCCCGUGUACCAUUACAACUUUCUCCACCGUGCCUUUUCGCGUCACGUCUUGGCCUGCGCGGUAUCUGUGUCGUCUUUGGCGGUGUGGGUGGCCAUCUUGUAUCACUACACGGUGUACUUCGGCUGGGGUUCCCUAAUGAUCCACUACGUGAUCCCGGCCUUCGUCUUCGCUAGCUGGGGGGUCGUCUUCACUUUUCUCCACCACACGGACGAAAAUGUCCCUUGGUUCUCCGACCAGAAAUGGAACUUUGUCCUUGGUCAGCUGUCUUCCAUCGACAGGGAAUACGGAUGGGCUCAUCGACUAACCCAUGAUAUAGGCACCCAUCAAAUCCACCAUCUGUUUACCAAAGUGCCUCACUAUCAUCUACACGAAGCUACAAGAGCAUUUCGACGACAUUUUCCGCAUCUGGUCCGAUACAGUCGAGCCCCAAUAAUACCAACGUUCAUAAAAAUGUUCCGGAAGUACGUUCAACAGCACGUAAUAGCGGACGACGCUGACUUUCACACUUACAAAUAAUGCCUCAGAAGUGUAAUUAUUUGAAGCCUGAGUAAAACAUAUGAACAAUAUUCCUUUAUAUGUGAUUCUGUUCAACCUUUACUGUUCGUAUUUGUUACAGAAGAACACAAUUGUUUGAUUUAGUAAUCGAUUACGAUGUGCAUGAAAGCAUCAUUGUACAUGCUAUUGUCCUUCUUGUGCGGCUCAGAUAUGCUGAACAAAAACAUAAACGCACGAAGCAAUUUUAUAUUGUGUUCUAUCUUUAUUAAAUAACGCGUUAAUUCAACAAUUAGGGUAAGUAUUUAUUAUCAUUUGUGGCUUCAUUUUCCCCCAGCUUUUCACAUUUUAGGGCAAUAAUCCCGGACUUAUGUUA